UUAUAUUCAAAAAAAUAUUAAAUACAUACUCAACUUUUUUAAUAAAAUAAAAAUGUCUUUUAAAAUUAAUUCAAACUGCACAAAAAGUAUUUCUUCCUAUUCCUCUUCCUUGUGGAUUUUAGUCAUUCUAAGUUGUUAUUAUUGUUUGGCAACAAUGUUGAUGACUAAUGUUAAUGGACAAAUAAUUCUUUCACCGGUAGACGACAAGAGAAACUUUAAUCGAGAAUUUCUCCCAUUUGGAAAAAGAGCAGCUUCCCCUAACAAUUUCCAACGUGAAUUUAUGGCUUUUGGAAAGCGAUCUCCUUCUGAUUCGACAUUUCAACGAGAAUUCAUGGCUUUCGGGAAACGAGAACCUAAUCCUUUUCAAAGAGAUUUUAUGAGUUUUGGCAAGAGGGGAGCAAGUGAUUUUGAGAGAGAUUUUAUGGCUUUUGGACGACGAAGGUGA